UGACCAUAUUUAGCUGGCUUGUGGCGAAGGAAACCCCGCACACUUCAUCUGUCAGCCCGGUGCCUCCGAACUCGCCUUCUCACGGAUACUUGGCGGACUUGACAGCUGGAUUGUUUUUGUGACUACCACCGGGCUCCGGGCUGCCAAGACGACGCCGUUGGGGGAACAACUUUUCCGUGUUUUAUUUGUUUUUAGUCCCUAAAAGUAACCAAUCGUCUCAGCGGGUUGGCCGGCUAACGUUAGCCGCCACUAAUGGUGUGUGUGACGCGACAUAAGAACGAUAAUUGCGGUUAAAAUCCAUGUUAAAACUUGGUUUGGACUCACUGACAAGGCUGCGAUGACUUCCUGACAGCCGCUUUCGUCCGAACCGGACACUUUUUACAAGCCGCGCUAGCUAGCUAGCUAGCUAGCUUAGCUUCGCUUCGCUUCACGGAGGGGCGCCGCUCUCGCUUGCUUGUUGGCCGUGUCAAGUGGAACCAGGUCGGGGGCGUCGGUGUGCUAACACCCGCGGAAAGAGGGGCCUACGCCUUGACAGCUCCCGGGCGAGGACUGGGGGAGAGCCGAGGGAGACACCGGGCGGAAGGGAGGAGGACCAGACGUUUGACACCUGUGAUCCGGGAAGUAAUCCGGGCUGUGACCUCAUGAAUGGAAAUCGGAACUACAGGAGCCGUUGGGGCCCAGUCCCUGUUCUCCAUGCCUCGACGGCCUGGCUAUGGCACCAUGGGCAAGCCCAUCAAGCUGCUGGCCAACUGCUUCCAGGUGGAGAUCCCCAAGAUGGACGUCUACCUUUACGAGGUGGACAUCAAGCCUGACAAGUGCCCUCGCCGAGUCAACAGGGAGGUGGUGGACUCCAUGGUGCAGCACUUCAAGGUGACAAUCUUUGGGGAUCGCAGGCCAGUCUACGAUGGCAAGAGGAGUCUUUACACGGCCAACCCCCUGCCUGUGGCACCCACAGGGGUGGACCUGGAUGUCACGCUGCCAGGAGAGGGCGGCAAAGACCGGCCCUUCAAGGUUUCUAUCAAGUUCGUGUCCCUGGUCAGCUGGCACAUGCUCCACGAGGUGCUGACCGGCCGGAGCAUGCCCGAGCCCCUGGAACUGGACAAGCCCAUCAGCACCAACCCCGUGCAUGCGGUGGACGUGGUGCUGAGGCACCUGCCAUCCAUGAAGUACACACCGGUGGGACGUUCCUUUUUCUCAGCUCCAGAAGGCUACGACCACCCCCUGGGCGGAGGAAGGGAGGUGUGGUUCGGCUUCCACCAAUCUGUGCGCCCCGCCAUGUGGAAGAUGAUGCUCAACAUCGACGUGUCUGCCACGGCUUUCUACAAGGCCCAGCCUGUCAUCCAGUUCAUGUGUGAAGUGCUGGACAUCCACAACAUCGACGAGCAGCCCCGCCCUCUCACUGACUCCCACCGGGUCAAAUUCACCAAAGAAAUCAAAGGUUUAAAGGUGGAGGUGACGCACUGUGGAACCAUGCGCAGGAAGUACCGUGUCUGCAACGUGACCCGCAGACCAGCCAGCCAUCAAACGUUCCCUCUGCAGUUGGAGAACGGUCAGACUGUUGAGCGUACCGUAGCCCAGUACUUCAGGGAGAAGUACAGCCUGCAACUCAAGUACCCGCAUCUGCCCUGUCUGCAGGUGGGCCAGGAGCAAAAGCACACCUACCUCCCCCUAGAGGUGUGUAACAUUGUAGCCGGUCAGCGAUGCAUCAAGAAGCUGACAGAUAAUCAGACCUCCACCAUGAUCAAGGCCACGGCUCGCUCUGCACCCGACAGGCAGGAAGAGAUCAGCAGGCUGGUGCGCAGUGCCAACUACGACGCCGACCCUUUCGUCCAGGAGUUCCAGUUCAAAGUGCGCGACGAGAUGGCCCAUGUGACGGGGCGUGUGCUACCCGCCCCCAUGCUGCAAUACGGCGGCAGGGUGAGCACAGAGCACUUUAUGAACCGCACCGUGGCCACGCCCAGUCACGGCGUGUGGGACAUGAGGGGCAAGCAGUUCCACACGGGGGUGGAGAUCAAGAUGUGGGCCAUCGCCUGCUUCGCCACGCAGCGGCAAUGUCGAGAGGAGAUCCUCAAGGGCUUCACAGACCAGCUCCGUAAGAUCUCCAAGGACGCCGGCAUGCCCAUCCAAGGCCAGCCGUGCUUCUGCAAGUACGCCCAGGGAGCCGACAGCGUGGAGCCCAUGUUCAGACACCUGAAGAACACCUAUGCUGGACUGCAGCUCAUCAUCGUCAUCCUGCCUGGAAAAACCCCUGUCUACGCGGAGGUGAAGCGUGUGGGCGACACGCUGCUGGGCAUGGCCACGCAGUGCGUUCAGGUGAAGAAUGUGGUGAAGACGUCUCCUCAGACCCUCUCCAACCUCUGCCUCAAGAUCAACGUGAAGCUGGGAGGCAUCAACAACAUCCUGGUGCCUCACCAACGACCAUCAGUGUUUCAGCAGCCAGUCAUCUUCUUGGGAGCAGACGUUACACAUCCACCCGCUGGAGAUGGAAAGAAGCCCUCAAUUGCUGCAGUGGUGGGCAGCAUGGACGCCCACCCCAGCAGGUACUGUGCCACCGUACGGGUCCAGAGGCCAAGGCAAGAGGUGAUCCAGGAUCUGGCCUCCAUGGUGCGUGAGCUGCUCAUCCAGUUCUACAAGUCCACACGUUACAAGCCCACCAGGAUCAUUUUCUACAGGGAUGGAGUGUCUGAAGGCCAGUUCAGACAGGUAGGUUCCCAGGUGCUGUAUUAUGAGCUGCUGGCCAUCCGCGAGGCUUGCAUUAGCCUGGAGAAGGAGUACCAGCCAGGCAUCACCUACAUCGUUGUGCAAAAACGCCACCACACACGCCUCUUCUGCGCUGACCGUAAUGAGCGAGUUGGACGCAGUGGAAACAUUCCUGCUGGUACCACCGUGGAUACAGACAUCACUCAUCCUUACGAGUUUGACUUUUACCUCUGCAGUCAUGCUGGAAUACAGGGCACCAGUCGGCCCUCCCACUACCACGUGCUGUGGGAUGACAAUUGUUUCACGGCCGACGAGUUCCAGCUGCUCACCUACCAGUUGUGCCACACCUACGUGCGCUGUACCCGCUCAGUGUCCAUCCCCGCACCCGCCUACUACGCCCACCUGGUGGCCUUCCGCGCCCGCUACCACCUGGUGGACAAAGAGCACGACAGCGCCGAGGGCAGCCACGUGUCCGGUCAGAGUAACGGUCGAGACCCGCAGGCGCUGGCCAAAGCUGUUCAGAUUCACCACGACACCCUGAGGACCAUGUACUUCGCCUGAGCUGCAAGAUCCUUCCCUUCACUGUUUCCAUCCUCCACACACACACACACACACACACACACACACACACACACACACACACACACACACACACGGCCAUGCAAGGAUGGCUUGCCAGUCAGAAAGUCCUCAUACACGUGCAAGUAUCCCCCCCAUACAUACACACACGCCUCGCCAAUCCGGACCCGACACUGUGCAGAGGGCAGCAGGGAGGAGGCACCCCCACACUGGAUUGAGGAUGCAAAUGCUGCUUUCACACAAAAGCAAAGAAAACUCAGCACUAAUAUGCAAUAUCAACCAGCCAACUACUUGUACUUUAUUUCCACUCUGAUUUGACUCCCAUUUCUUUCCUGCUUUUUCUUUUUUAGGUGAUUUAUACAUGUAGUUCCCCCCUCCCAAUAUGCUACCAAUCUGCUCCCCUGCCAUCAACAGCACCUCAAGUCAGUUUAAGCAGCAGCACUUUUACAUUCUGUUUUUUUUUCUCUUUUUUGUGUGUGUGUGUGUGUGUGUGUGUGUGUUUGUUUUUUUUAAACGAGGGAGCAGUGCGGAAAGGGUGGGCUCACACGUUGAAGAUUAUUUCAUGGCCUCCCUCACCCCCUCAUACCUUCUUAGUUCCUCACUUUUCACUAGUCUGCGAAAUAACCAGUUCUUUGAGCACACUGCCACCUGCUGGCUGCGAGGUAUAACGUCCUCCCUCACGUCGGAUGCCUUGGAAGGUUUUCAUUGAGGAUAUCACGCUUUAUAUUGUCUGAUACAGUACAUCAUCACAGCCAUCUCUGGACUUUUUAUAGUACAACACUGUUUUUUUGUUACUUUUUUUGUUCUGGAUGUUAUUUCCUGGUUUUGUUGUCUCGUGCAUCAUGUGAAAUAUUCAUAUGUGGUUACAUUGUUACCUUUUUAAGCCACCAUGCAUUUUGUUUGUCUCCACCCAGCGCUUUAUUCCACCCUAUGGAGGUUGGAGAUGGAGAUCAUGUCUCCACCCAGCGCUUUAACCCACCCUAUGGAGGUUGGAGAUGGAGAUCAUGUCUCCACCCAGCGCUUUAUUCCACCCUAUGGAGGUUGGAGAUGGAGAUCAUGUCUCCACCCAGCGCUUUAAUCGACCCUAUGGAGGCUGGAGAUGGAGAUCAUGUCUCCACCCAGCGCUUUAAUCGACCCUAUGGAGGCUGGAGAUGGAGAUCAUGUCUCCACCCAGCACUUUAAUCCACCCUAUGGAGGCUGGAGAUGGAGAUCAUGUCUCCACCCAGCGCUUUAAUUGGAGAUGGAGAUCAUGUCUACACCCAGCGCUUUAUUCCAUCCUAUGGAGGUUGGAGAUGGAGAUCAUGUCUCCACCCAGCGCUUUAUUCCAUCCUAUGGAGGUUGGAGAUAGAGAUCAUGUCUCCACGCAGCGCUUUAAUCCACCCUGUGUGCACAAUUAUUAGGCAAUUUGCAUUAUUGAUUAGUUUAAUUAUUGAACAAUAACAGCGCUCUUGGUCAAUUCAAAAUGUUAAUAAACUUCAAACUUGAAUAUUUAAGGAAGUGAGAGCGAAGUUUUGGCUUUUGUUGAAUAUCUGUGUGUACAAUUAUUAGGCAACACAAAGAAAACAAAUAUUCCCAUCUCACUACUUUUCAAGUCAGGAUGAUAAACAAACAACACAAACUUUCCAAAUGAAUAUUUCUGACAUUUCCAAAAAUAAAUCUGUGGCCAAUACUGUAUAGCCACCCUUCUUUUCAAUAAGACAGAAAAGCCUUCCAUCCAUGAGGUCUGUCACUUUCUUGAUCACUUGACCAGCUUUUUGGGCAGCAGCAUAAAAAGCCUCCCAGACACUGUUCACUUUUGUCUUCACUGUAAAUCUUACAUUUAAGUGCUCCAUAGGGUUUAGGUCAGGUGAGCAAGGAGGUCAUGUCAUUAUUGUUGAGACCUUUGCUAGCUAGCCACGCAUGCAGUGGACGACAUGGAUGCAUGAGAUGGAGCAUCGUCCUGCAUGAAAGUCAUGGUCUUCUUGAAAGAUGCACACCUUUUCCUGUACCACUGGGGAAAAAGUGGCAAUAGGUUUGGGAGUUGAGUUGGAGUCCAUCUUCAAGCUGAAAAGGCCCAACAAGCUCAUCUUUUAAUAAUUACAGCCCUUACCAGCACCUCAUCUCCACCUUGCUGGCGUCUGAGUUGGAGUGGAGCUCUCUGCCCGUUGCUGAUGCAGCCACGGGCCCAUCCCUCUGGUCCGUCAAGAGUCACUCUCACCUCAUCAGUCCAUAAAACUGUCUUCAGAAAAACGUGUCUUAAUAGUCCUUCAGCUUGUGUGUCUUGUUCAGUGGUGGUGGGGUUCCAGCCUUUCUUACCUUGGCCAUGUCUCUGAGCACUGAACACCAUGUACCGUAUUUGUGGACCCCCCAGGUAGAUGACAGUUGUGGACUAUGACAGCACUGGAGGAGAAUGGCUUCCUGGGGGCUUCACCUUUGAAUUUCCUCAAAUAUUUGGCCGUUCAUUUGCAUAUUUUUCUCUUCACACGUUUCUUGUGACCCUUUCGUGCACUUGAAGAAAACAUUGAAUGGUUCUGCCGUCACGUCCUGAUAUCUUGGCAAGUUCAGGAGUGCUGCAUCCCUAUGAAAGAUGUUUUACACUCUUUAAAUCUCUUUUCUGGCCCAUUUUGCCAGAGGAAAAGAAGCUGCCUGAUAAUUGUACACACCUAGUAAAGGGUGUUCAUCUCCUAAGGCCACACCCUCCCUCAGUACACACAUGUGCAUCACCUGGUAUGCUUAAACCACAUAAGCAUUCAAGUUUAUUCUGCUUGGCCUUGGAAAAUAUGCAUAAAAAUGACAAUAUGCUCAAAAUACGGAUUUGCCUAAUAAUUGUGCACACAGUGUAUGGAGCUUAGAGAUGGAGAUCAUGUCUCCACUUGGUGCAAUAAUGGGCUGAAGGAAGGCAAGAGAAAAUAGUCCUGGACACAUUUCACUCAGACGUGAGGACAAGCUUGCAGACUGUGAGGCACUUUAUUCCGGAUUGAGCGUCACGUCUGUGGUGUUUAUUCUAGAUUGAGCAUCACGUCUGUCGGGCACCAGCUAGAUGUUUGACAUUGACUUGAAGGAUUGAUGAAGUCCCGUGUGGUAAUGAAUGCUGAUUUUUCCUCCCAGUAGUUUUGGGCGUGUUUGCAGUCAAGGCCGUGAGGGGAAGGAAGUAUUUAAGUGCCUGGUAGAAUGGAAGCAUUCAGUGGUGGGUUCUCACGCGAUGCUGUUUCAGUGUCUGAAAUGAUGGAAAGGAAUAUUUGAAGAAAAAGACAGCGUGAGAGAGUUUCACCCGAUGUUGUGCGCAUGCGAUGGAAUCCUGGUGGCAUGGGUGUGUGUUUGUGGUGUUAGCUGCUAGCUUUGCUCGGACACAGCAGUCAGAAACAAAGCUGGUCGGAUUUUGUCUCAUGAUUGUUAAUGUAAUAGUUUGAGUUGCUAACCUUAGUCCAAGUGGGCCAGGGUCACAGGCUCUGGGCGGGUCCACGUAGCCCACCCGGAAUACUGUCAAUCCAGAUUGGCUUCGGAACAAAAGCAGAAGAGUCAAGUGGCUGACCGAUGUUGCUUAUCCCAAGUUACGCUCCCUGAAUCUAUCAAAUACAUUUCUGGAAUGCGGUCGCCACUCGGCUCCUCUGUGCUGCUGCUAAUCUGAAGCUUUUGGGGGAGGGUGGGCGGGCGGGUAUUCCUUUACAAAGUGAACUGCACUAAAUGAAGCAUGUGUUCUGGUUCUGAAUACAGGCGUGGUGCUACUACAACCAAUGUAGAAUCUCACUCUUGAGACGAGUGGGCAGGUUAGAAAAGCAAGAAAGCUGAGGACGGCCCCCAUGACCCUGGUGGGCGUUAGAUGGCCCCCCACCACAUGGCUGCCACUACCCUGGCCGGUGUUGGCUGGCCUCCACUACCCUGGUGGGUGUCGGAAGGCUCCAAUGCCGCUGUGCAUGUCAGACAACCCCCAAUACCCCAGUGAGUGUGGGAGGUCCCCACUAUCCCGGUGGGCCUCACAUGGCCGCCCCCACCCUGGUGGAUUGGUAAGGAUGUCCUUUUUACCUUGGGGGGUGUUAAGUGGAUGUCCCUUAUUACUCUGUUAGGUUUUGGACAGCCCCCACUAUGCUGGUGGGUGUCGGGGGUGCCCCGAAAGCGGUACAGUCUGGAAAAAGUGUCUGCCUCCUGGACAGCGAGCUGUAAUGUAAAGUCUUUUAGCCUUCUGAAAUGUAGUCUUUAUUAAAAAAACAGCCAGAUCUAAAGUAUAUUUGUACAUUGGAAUGCAUGUAACAAUGCACACCAAUUAUUUUUGCUAACAGGAAAAAAGUUAUUAUUAUUCUGAGCUAAUUAUUCUUAGUAAUAAAUGUAUUGUUGUCAAUUAUGGUUCAAGAAAAAAAAGUUUUUUUAUGAUUACUGCAAUAGACUGUUGACGUGUGUCGCUGUAAAUUGUGUAGGUGUACGUUGGUGCGAGCAGUCGUGGAAACUCGUGACGUGUCUUGACUGUGGUACUGUUACCCACAGAGGGGAGGGGCGGGGGCCAGGGGUGGGCCGCCAACCACCUCCGAGCAAACUGCUACCGCACGUCGAAUGCUCACUUUUCUAGAUGUUUAUUCAGAGAGCGAGAAUUACAUGGCCCCUGAAUGGUUGUUUUUUUUUUGUCCAACUGGUGCUGUACGCCACCCCCCUUCUGUGGGGGCAAGUGAUGCAUUUUUAAGAGCAUUGUUGUAAGACUCCUUUCACGUUGAAGUAGGUACCAUUCCUUUUUCUUUCUGUUUCCACUCCUGGCACUUCACUCCCCAUGCUGGCAAUAGCUACUUUCCACGCCCCAACCAACCUAUUUUUGGGGGGAGGGGCACUGGUGGUCCUCGGGUUACCGAGUUACGUUCCGACAUCCACUCACACUGAAAACACAGAAGACAUGAAGGACAUAUUAAAUACAGCCAGUAAUAAGACCACUACACUGCUAAAUUAUCACUGUCGCUUUCAUAGGAACAGAUCCUUAAACUUGCUGAAGGAUACCAUCUUUACCUUUCAUGAUGGUCAUCAUAGUCCAACGUUUUAAUACCAAAAGUGCUGCCAAUACUGGUGGGUGUUUUACCACGUUCAUUUUCACUUCCAUGGUGAUGGCUUUCCUUUUCCUUGGCGCAAGAGCCUGCCUUAUGCCAGACAGACAUAAUGGAGUGCACAAAGUUAAGAAGUGAUCAUAUUUGCUCCAUGUAGCUUGGAAUGAGGCACACACUGCAACCUUGCAGCACAUAUUCAUCCGCUGUGCUUCUAGGUCUUCAGCGAGUCCGCGUUUAACUCAGAACGAGAAGCGAGUCCGCGUUUAACUCGGAACGCCGUAGCCCAAGGACCAGCAGUACUUGAAAGGACAACAGCGAAGUUGGGUCCGUAGGAUAUCUUCAUUGUGUCUGGCCUUGUGAGAAUUUGGCUGGGUUCUUGUUGAUGCUGGAGUUGAAUGUCCAAACAUGGAAUCAAGUAUCUUUGCGCAAUUUGUUUUGAAGCUACGCUGUCGGCCAUGUUUACAGGCGUCUGGUUGGCAAGCAAAGCUGCGGAGGAACCUGAAAAAAAGGCGUCCAGGCCAGUGCAAGCCAUCGCCUCAAGGGGUCUUUGUCCUUUUCCCGGUUUUUGUAGAAACUUGAAGUCUCCCUUUAAAGUGGAAGUGCAGGUGUAUUCCAUGGAUGCCGUGGAAGGUUGUCAUAUGGUGCAAGAAGUCCACAGAAAGUGCCUUUCCUUUUGAUUCUCCUUUUCAAGAAAGUUUCUUUUUCCUUUCAGUGCGACACUUUCACACAUCCAACAGUGUCUUGGACCCAGUGGUGUCUUUGGUCCCUGGUAUCGGUAUCGGUGUCGGGCAGAGAUUAGCAUGACACGGCCUGUGAAUGUCAAUCACAGCACAGCACUUUAGAGACCAGCAUUCUCACUCCAGACCUGGCAAAGACUUGUUGUUGAGUGUGGGAUGGAUCCACGACCUUGGUGACUGUAUGAGGGUCCCAACUAACCUGGUUGCCCCCACUAGCCUUGUGGGUUUCGGAUGAUCCCCACCACCCUGGUGUACAAUGGCCCCAAAUACCCUUGUGGCUCUCAGAUAGCCCCCACCUAGCCUUGUGGGUUUUGGAUGGUCCCCACCACCCUGGUGACUGUACAAUGGUCCCAACUAACCUGAUGGGUGUCUGAAGGCCCCCAAUACCUUGGUAGAUGUCAGAUAGCCCCCACCUAGCCUUGUGGGUUUUGGAUGGUCCCCAUCACCCUGGUGACUGUACGACAGUCCCAACUAACCUGAUGGGUGUCUGAAGGCCCCCGCUACCCCAGUUGCUGUUGGACAGUGCCCUUUACUGUGACAAGUGAGGGACUGCCCCCACUACCUUAGUGACUUGUGGACAUCCACAAAAUAUCCUGGUGGGUGUCGAAGGCCCCCUACCACCCUAAGACAUUUCACGCCCCGGCCUGGGAGAGGAAAGGGCACAACUCCCCGCCAUGAACGUGUUGGAAGAGGAUCUGAAGGAGCAGAACCCGUGUCCCAAUGGAACGCUUCUGCAAGGUCUUCUGCUCCCCGAUGGCAGGCCCCCCCCCUCGUCUUGAGCCAGUAGGGUUUGGACUGAAAGGUGGUCUCUGAGGGUACCGCUCCAGUCCAAGGGGGUGUCCACUCCUUGUUGUAUUUGAUCAAAUGUUUGUUUUGCGGAAACGCUGCACCUCACUUACCUUGUUAUGCUGCAUUGUUGCUUUCUUCUCCCACAUCAGACUGCUUUUAUUGUGGUGAUGAUGAAGAUUACCGAUAUCAGCACAUGUAGUGCUCCAGUAAUGCCUGAAAUAUUUUAGUCUAAACACAUAAAAUAAAAAAAAAAAAAAGGUCUUAACAGUUAUCAAUUUUUUUGGAGAUACUUUUGUUGUUGAGCCAACUUUGAUGUCCUAUUUAAAUGUGUUAUUGAAAUGUAGAUCUAUAUAUCUAUAUCUAUACACUACAUAGAUGUAUGAUAUACAGUGUCUGUAUGGAGCCUAUAUAUGCCCAGUAUUUUAUGGCGUAUUUAUUGAGUGUUUUUUUUUAUCGUGGCUGGAGUUCUUAGCUCCUCCCCCUUGUAUGUUGGCGCCUUAUUGUCGUACAGCACAAAAACAAAAAGGAGUGCGAGGAUGAACGGGCCUUCCUCAACUCCAACGCCAAUGGUUACGUCACAGCUAGCGGAAGGGCAACCAUGUUGGAUUCGUUGGGGGGGGGGUGGAGUUUAGCGCCACAGCGUUUGUGUCAUUCCACGCCAGCCUUACGUAUGCUCCUACUCUCCCAACGCCGCCGCCUUCUUCUCUCCGCCUUCAAACCACUGAAGUCCACACAAGAGGUUGCUUUUGCGCCACCAAUAAAACAAAAAAAGAGAAAAUACCCCAAAUGCUCCGGUUGUUGCAUAAAUCGAAAUGGAAAAACGUUUAUUAUGCAACAACUUCAUGGUCUACUCUGCUUUUAACUUGGUGUAAGAAAGUGAGAGUGAAAAGGUUGAUGCUCAUUUGUCAACAAGCACGCAGCAGAAACACAACCACUGUUGGAACAGCCAACAACAACACUUUCACACCUACAACUGAGUAGCAACAUUUUACAGCGCAUGCAGAGCUAGAUGAAGCUGCCAGAUGCGUAGCUGUGGAUAUAAACUGCAUCAGGAGGUUGCCUACAGCCGCAUCUGUUCACGUGAAUGUUUUCAAGACACCAUGAUUUGCUUUUGCAGCCCAGGCACGCACGCGCGCACGCACACGACGAUGCGCAACUUGGCCAUUCGUUGGAGCCUUUCUGGUACUUUUUAUUUUUUUCCAGUAGUUUGGAAUCCAAAUGGGCCAAGAAAGCAGAAGGUGUAUUAGUGAACGUCACCUGCGCCUUCAUCUUCAUCAUCAUCAUCAUCAUCAUCAUCCAUAUUCAUAUUAUUAGGAACACUUCGCCAGUCACCACCUGUAGAAAGGAUUGUAUUUAUUUUUGUUUUUCUUAAUUGAAAUGUUGUCAAUCUUUUUCCACAGUCUCUUUAAUUCCCCCCCCCAUGAAAAAAAUAAAUAAAUCAGCAUUCCAGUAAGGACUUUGAACCAAAUAUUGCAAAAGAGAUUAGCGUCCCUACGCUUGUCCGUCACCAAGGAAACACUGAUUGCUUGUCUCCAGUCUUCUUAGUGUUCAUUUGGGAUAUUUAUUAGCAACGUAGCGUCUCUAACGUCACUCAGAGCAAAAGAUGGUCCCAGUGGGGGGGAGAAAAAGGCCGCACGAUUCAUGUCUGCCUCGUCUUUUCUUUAUGGAACUUUCUUCUUCUUCUUCUUCUCGGCCUUUGUUGUUUUUGGUGUUGCUUUUGCUUCUGUUUGAAGUGUACCUUUGGACUAAUAACUUGCAAUAAAAUGCUUUGCUUUA